AUGACGAAGUGGAACUUGUUCAAGCAUCAAACAACGCCCAUGGUCGCUGCUAACCCAACGGGGGCCAGUGCCUUGACUGUGUCUCCGGCCCCCGUCGCACUGGUCUCCACCGACAACUCCACCGAACCGGUCGACAAGAACGACACCUUCGACGAGAUCAAAAACAAGUUCCUGAAUGAAAUCGACAAGAUCCCACUGCCGCCCUGGGCCAUCAUUGCCAUUGCCGUGGUCGCUGCUUUACUCAUUCUAACAUGCUGCUUCUGCAUCAUCAAGAAAUGCUGUUGCAAGAAGAAGAAGAAGAACAAGAAGGGCAAGAAGGGGAAGGGUGACAUGGGAAUGAAGAACAUGAAAGGGGGCGAGAAACAACAGGACGACGACGACGAAGAAGACGACGUCGAACCCGGCCUGACUGGAGACGAGAAGGAGGAGGAAGUGAAGGAGAAGGAAAAGCUCGGGAAGCUGCAGUACUCCAUUGAUUACGACUUCCAGGAGAACAAGCUGACUGUGGGAAUCCUGCAAGCAGCUGAUCUGCUCUCCAUGGACAGCGGAGGCACCUCGGACCCCUACGUCAAGGUCUUCGUCCUCCCGGACAAGAAGAAGAAGUACGACACAAAGAUUCACAAGAAAACGCUCAAUCCCGUGUUCAAUGAGACCUUUACCUUCAAGAUUCCAUUCCAAGAGAUGGGAGGAAAGACUCUGGUAAUGUCAGUCUACGACUUUGAUCGCUUCUCUAAACAUGAUGUCAUCGGAGAGAUUAAAACGCCCAUGAACACCCUGGACCUGGCAAAGCCAAUCGAGGAGUGGAGAGACCUGGACAGCGCAGAUCAAGAAGAGCCGGAGAAGCUGGGUGACAUUUGCAUCUCUCUGCGUUACGUCCCGACUGCCGGCAAACUCACCAUCUGCAUCCUGGAGGCCAAGAACCUGAAGAAAAUGGACGUGGGAGGACUGUCAGAUCCCUACGUGAAAAUCAACCUGCUGCAGAAUGGAAAGAAGCUGAAGAAGAAGAAGACGACAGUGAAGAAGAACACUUUGAAUCCGUACUACAAUGAGUCCUUCAGCUUUGAGAUUCCUAUUGACCAAAUGCAGAAAAUCCUAGCUGUGAUCACAGUCCUGGAUUAUGACAAGAUUGGCAAGAACGACGCCAUUGGGAAGAUCUUGGUGGGAAGCAAGAGCACGGGGGCCGGGCUGAAACACUGGUCCGACAUGCUGGCCAACCCCCGUCGCCCCAUCGCCCAGUGGCAUCCACUGCAGCCAGAGGAGGAGGUGGAUGCCGCCCUCGCAGCGCUGAAUGCCAAGAAGUAAACCCCCCCACCCCCCCAACCACCCACCCACCUCCCUCCCCUGAAACACAUCGUCCCCACCUCCACCUUACCCAUCCAUGCAUUUCCCAUCAUGUCCCCCAGGUCCCACAUAUCAGUGUAUAUUCCAGAAGAACACCUCGACUGUACAUCUUCUCCCUCCUCCCCCCCUCCACCACCACCACCACCACCUCCUCCUCCUCCUCCUCCUCCUCCUCCUCCUCUCCUGCCGCCCACCUUUCAAAAAGAUCCAUCGACAUCACUGAACAUGAUGGGAAAUAUAGUUUUAAAAAGAAAAAGAAAAAAAAGAAGCAUCACGUUAUAUGAAAUCAUGUCAUUGAAAAAAGAAGACAAGUUACAGGAUGGACAGAUACUCCGUUGAUUUCCUUUAGAUCUAUUUUUGUAUUGGGGUUGUGGUUCCAUUAAUAAGAAUACAGAGUCGAUUACGAAGACCAGUACGAGUGCUAUAUGGGAAUCUGGUGAUAGAGGGGAUAACACAUACGCUCACUCAUAUUGUACUUCUCACCACUUCCCUUUAGUGACACAGUUUGCUUAGAAUAGUGCUUAAUAAUAAAAUGCUUUAUACUGCCAUAUGAUAGAGAAAUAACACAAGCAGGUCCAUUCCUUAGGUGUAUUGUGCACCAUUUUCCACACCUGCCAGUCGUCAUCCUUGAUGAUUCUGUUAGUUUGAAGUACAUUCCUAGAGUCGGGUAGCAAGUAGGGAUAGGCACAUGUCCAGUUACCCACAAACACACUGCCUUUUUGAUUUGUUAACCUUUCGUCCAUCGUCUCAGGAAAACUGAGAGGAAACUGAAACUCCAUGCCUUUUUUUCUAAACGGGUUCUUAUUAUUCAAAUAACUCCACAUGACGAAAAUGAAAAAAGUUGGAUUUCAAAAGCUUGAUCGCUUUCUUUGUUUUUUUUUCUCGGUAACAUAAGGCUCACGUGACUGGCGCUAGUCGAUCCACGAAAACGGUACGUUAGGGAACAGGGAACGGUGGAAGUUUAUUUCCCCAAAAAAAAAGGAAAGGGGGUAUUUGCGUAUUUUUUUGAGAGUGAAAAAAAAAAGGCGGUGUCUGUCAUUUGAACCACAAAAAGCAAGGAAAUAUCAGAGCGGUCACAACAGAGACUGAUUCCAACCACCAAUGACAUGAGAUCUACAAGGUGUCGAUUACUGCCCGCAGUCUACCACCUCCCCUCCCCUCGCCUCUGAUUCUGUAUCUCACUUGUUGUGCUACUGCCAUUAGUCAUGGACUUGAUACAAGGGUUUUACUCCAAAGGAAUCCCUAUAACCGUCUUACAGUCAUAAAGGAGACAAGCCUUCAAAGUAACAAAAUAAGCAAUUUUCAACUACCAGGGACGCCUUCCAGUUAGCGGUGUUGUUCUCUUCAUUUCUUCAUUUUUUUCUUCUAUCUCUCUCUCCUUUUUAUUUAUUCAGUUGUAUUUGAUUUGACUUCAAAUACUUUUAUUCCUCGAGCACUUUAAAUCCAAAUGUUGUGUUUAAGUACCAUCAGAAACCAGAGCUUUAAGUGUUCAUGUUAUUUAUAACUGCUGGUUUUAAGAAGAAGAAAAAAAGAGUAGGGGUGUGCAUUGUGUAAGCAGUUUUGUUGUUGUUGUUGUUGCUUUGUUUUGGCUCAGCUAAUUGUGUAUGCGUUUUGAUUGUUUGAAUAUUACGAUUUUCACUUGAUUGCAAGGAUGUUAUAUGUUAUACACAGCUUACCAAACUGUUGAAUUGAAUCGCACUACUGGGUAUUUUUCUGUUCUGUGGUAAUUUGACACUGUCCAUUUCUUUUAUUAAUUAUAAAAUGUUGUGAGAUUGAAUUUUUCUGUGGCACACGUGCCAGAAAGCUCUCCUCGUAUAUAAGACACAUUACCAUCUAAUGCUCCUUCGCUCCCUCAGAGGAUGUUAUUGGCCCGAGUGUAUUUGUAAAUUAUGAUGCUGUUGAAGAGGAAUCAGGAGGUUGAUCUUAUUAUUACCAAACUGUUGACGCAAACUCAUCAACCCAGAAUAAAUUGGUGAAUUCCUAAUAGCUAUUUAAAACCCUGCUUGCAGGUCCAGUUCAUUUAAAUCAGUGCUGAUCCGUGAGCUCCAGCAGCAGAAACGACUCAUUGACGAUGGGCAAGAAAAUGCAAAGUCAAUAUUAAUCAAAUGUAGCUAGUACUACAAUGUGUUGGGAAUUUAAUGAAUGUUGGCUCUUGUAUCUUUCUCUGUUGGAAAUUGUGAUUUUUUAUUUUUUUAUGACCAACGUAGGACCAUGUUCAGAUUUUUUUUCUUCGUUUUUCGUCUCACAUAGUUUUGUUUUCCUCUGUUGAUGAAGCAGCACUAAAGAAAAGGCAACAUGGAAGCAAUCAAGCAACCCAUUGGUGUGUAGUUUUGCCUAAAUACAUAGUUCAUACACGUUGACACUGCAUGUUUAUACAAAAUACUGUACAUAGGAGCAUGUUUUAGAGACAAAGCAAAAAUAUCUCGUGUAUGUAAAUGGAUGUCAUUGGUCAUUUUAAUAACACAAACGAAGGGAGAAAAACAAGACGCAUUGUAUAUUUUCUAAAUGAAACAAAUGUGUAUUUAUUUUCCAUGAGGGUCAUUGGAGAGAAUGUCAUACAAAUAUUAGAGUACUAUUCCUAAUAAGAACCUUUCCACGCCUGAAAAUCUCAAGCAAGUGUGUCGUCCAGUACUGUGUGUGAGUUCAUGUCGGAUGAAAAUGUAGCCGCAUGCUUGCUAUAUACUUCCUUGUGAUCAACAUUUUUAUUUGAUGCCAUUUAUCUGCCAUGUUGUUUCAGCACUUAUUUGAAGGCCAAUGUUUAAAUUAUUUUCGGGGAUUUUAUUAUUGUUAUUGCUUUUUUCCUUUAUAAAAAAAAGAAACAGAAUGAUGUUUUAAUUUUUUUCAUGUUUGGGAUCGGGGUGGGGGGGGGGGGGGAUCUCCAAGUCUAUAAUAUGACUUUUUUUCUAACACAUUUAGCACGGUGUUAUUAUGGAAUAAUUUGUUAGAAGAAGAUUUAAUAUUUCUGCGAUCUGUAGUUGGAUUGUAGGAGUUGUUAUUUGUGCCAGUAGGGAAGUCUGUUGGAUCAUAUCAUUGUAUGAAAUGAAUUUCCAGAGGCCAAAAAGAUGAAUAAUCCCAUUCCAGUGGACACAAAAUGACUUGGAAUCCCUUCUUCUCUCUUUUCUCUUCUUUUACAUGGACGUUUUGAUUUUUCACUUCUACAGUAUUUAAAUGACCUGAAAACCUUCACGGCUGUGUCUCUUUUACUGUGUUUAUUAUACAAUACGUGUACGUGUAUACAAGACAAAUGAAUAAGAUAAAACUAAAGCCAUAAAACUCAAGCACUAACGCUGAGUAGCUAGUUUAUUUAUGAAGAAAAAAAAAAAAUCUUGACAUGUCUUCAUUUUCCUUGGCCAGUGUUUCUCUUUCACAUUCCAUUCAGAGGUAUUUGUUCAUCAAGAGGGCAAAAAUCCACUUUUCUGUAAAUGUGAGCUUUGAGAACAGUUGUGAGUUUACUAGAGUGAGUGUGUCUUUUUCUACUUUCAAAGCUGUUGACGUCCUUGUUUCAUAGAGGUAGCGAAUUUAUAGUAUCGUGAUUAGUAUCGUAUAUGCCUCGUUUUUGAUAGUAUAAAUAAAAAUCCCUUUAGGUUCUCAAUAAUACCGCUAAAGUUAAAAUAUAUAUAUAUAGAGAGAGAGAAAGAGAGGGAGAGAGUGUGUGUUCUUUUCUUGGGCUGAGUGCAAUUUAUGAACCAAACUGGGUCCCUAUUGGAGUUUCUCUUCUUCUGGUGUAGCAGCAGACUGUACUAGUGCAUGUACAUGCACAAUCAAUAACACACUGCUGGUGAUCCCGCUGACCUUUUUUUUUUGCUGGAUUGUUUAACAAUCGUAUCGCAAAAAAAAAGAGAAACUUAAAACAGUGGCACCCAAGUUUUAGGCCUAAAUCCCUCCCAUAGAACUAUGCAUAGAUUUAUGAUUUUCACAGACAAAUGGCAGAACGUAUAUAUAUAUACAAAUAUAGAAUCACAUACAAGGGCAUGUGCAUUAUAUGCCAUUGAAGGAGUAGUUCCACGUUUUGGGACUUGUUUGCCUUCUUGCAGAGAGAUGAGAAGAUCCAUACCACUCUCAUAUCCGUGCACUAUAUAGGAAGCUGGAGCCAGGAGACGGUUAGCUUAGCUUAGCAUAAAGACUGGAAACGGGGGGAAACAGCUAGCCUAGCUGUCUGUGUUGGUGUUUAGCUAAAUGUUUCCUGGCUCCGGCUUCGUACCUAAAAGACAGAGUGGUAUCAAUCUUACCAGUUAUUGACAAAAAGGCGAAUACAAUUAUUCCCAACAAUAUUGAUCUAUUCCUUUAAGUUGACCUCGGUCGGAGCAAACGUCCGCCUGCCAUCUAUCAAUCCUGGCAACAAUCAAUUUUAAUUUCAAUGUGAUGUGCAACGCUGCACAUCGUCUAAAGCAAUAUUAUAGUGACUCACCGUCCCGUUAUUGUUACCUGAUUGCGACCAAAUGAUGCACUGAGAACAAUUCAAAUACAAGAUUUCAGUGUGUUUCACAAAAAUACUGCCAGUACCUGCUCACAGCUGACGAUGAGGCAAAACACGUGACUACAGGUCAAUACAGAGCACAUUUAGGGAGAUUAGUUUCCUUUUUACUGCUCGGGUCACUGCAGUCACAUGACAUAUACGUUCUAUGGGGGACCGGGAGCUGUGUGUGCGUGUGCUUGUGUUUGUGGGAUAAAUAGAUAUACAGUGUAGGCCCUUUAGCUGAUGUGGUGCAAAUAAACACUGCGCUGGAAUUAAUAAAUACAAGAAACAGUCCAAGGUCUGCAUGCACGGGACCCAUUACUCAUUCCUAAAUGUACAUCUUUGUGUGUAAGACCGUAAUACUCAAACAAUCUUAUUUCUGUUAUAAAAACACGGGGGUUGUUCUGUUUGGCUCCUGGCUGUGUUGAUGUACAAUACCUUAUGCACAACUGCAGCUGAAAACUGUGAGCUCUUUCAGCUGUGCAGACACAGUUCUAGAGCACUGUUCACAGGACUAGCUUUUUGUUGUUGUUGUUUUUGUUUGUCUAUUGAACAAACGCUGGGAUUUAAAAAGGGAAAACAUCCAAAGUUCAGUCACUCAUUCACCCAACCUGUCGACGCCUCUCGGCGGGUCGAGACGCCGCUCUGAAACAUGAUGUCUUGUCUCCUCUAUUACUCGCUGUACUUCUUCUUUGUAUUCUUGUGCAUACGUGUAAUCACUCCUCCUGUCCUCAUUUGGUUUGUUUAUUUCGUGAUGUAUACUUCUAAUGUAGAGCGUAGGACUGUGGUCCAAUCGAUGCCAGAAUCACAGUUGCUUUUGCUUUGUUUGCGUCGUCUCUGUCCUUGUUUAUGUGUAACCAGCUACGUACCCUCAGCGCCAAACAUGCAGGACCGUACCAAACUCCCCCCCCCCCUCCUCGAGCGCUUCGUCCUCCCUGAUGCAACUGUAUUCUCUAACUCUUUUUUUCUUCCUUUUUUGUUGUUGUUGGUUUGUUUGUUUGUUUCCUCCUCCUCCUCCCCUCUUUCUCUUCUCCAUCAUCUUUUAAAGAGUCGGAGGACAGUCAGGUCGUGUCCUCUCGCUGUGUUUCUUCGUGUCUAGUGUCGUGGUGCGCGUGUUCAUGUCAGUACUUGUGCCUACUGUGGAUCGCAUGCUUUAGCCCUUGACUGGACACAAACGUUGCUCACAAACUCCUCUGGACCCGUAUGUGGACAAACGUUGGGGAUCCUUAUGAAGUUAUCAAGGGAACCAAAUAACUUAUUACAAAUUUAUCAUAUGUGUUACCAGUUCUGUAAAAAAACAAAUAGGAAAUAAAGGCCUUUUAAUAUCCA